UUCUGGUCCUGUGCUUGGCACGGAGUAACUUUGAACCUUGAGUUCAUUAACACAGUUGGAUGGCACUGUUUUUCUUUCAAGAAGACCAAACUCGACAGACGCUGUUUUAAAGCCUCUUGAGAAAAGGCGUGUUCAGCAGAAUAAUUUUUUUUGUGAAGGAGGAGCGUUUGGAAAGACAAACAAGGCUGAAUAUGUUUGUGACCAGACUGGAUGAGCGCUUUGAACAGGACUGGAGACGGGAGUGCGUGCGUGUGCGCGUUUUCCUGGAGUAAGAAAUGUGAGGACACUGCUCAAGACCGGCCAAAGAAACUCACACGGCAUAACAGACGGAAACGAACAUGUGAAAGAGGAACAGAUGUCAAAUGGGUGGUGCUCGUUGUUUCUUAAGAAAGUUCACCACGAUUUCAUCAAUACUUCCUCAGCUAGCGUGUCGCGCUAUUCGAAGAAGUGAAGAAAAAAAAUCAUCCAGUGAUCAUUUGACUGGACGAUAUACACACUGGGCAAAAGAGCUCCUUAUCAUACAAGGGCCAUCAGUCUACAGGAAAGGAGGAGUAUCGCUCCAAAUAUGUAUGGCAGCGCAAGCGGCUCCGAACUGGCAGAUACAAUCGGUAGAAGCGGUGUUUCAGAUUCUCAUCAGGAAAGGCCAGCAUUGCUGAAGGAGGGGGAGGAUCCGGAAUGCGGUUUACUAAGUGCCAGUCUGAGAGACUCCCACGUCCCCGUGAAAGGCGCGUCUGGAGACUUCAGUCUGAGCCUGCAGCCUUCGCUCAGGGUCCGCACUAGACCGCUGCCUGCUUCCUCGCGGAGGCAGAAGUUCCAGAGACAGUCCGAAGUAAAGGAGACUGAUGGAGGCGGCGGCGGAGCAGCCGUCCAGAGCAUCUCACAGAAACUACCGUGCGAAGCGGCAGAAAAAUACACCCUUACGCCAGCGAUGAGGAAAAAAUAUUUAAAAGAACUCUUUUUGAACAAUGGCUUGCACAGUGGAUUGGGGAGCAUACUGCAGUCGUCAAAGAGCUGCAGCGUGCAAGGGGACCCUGAUAACGAUCCGGACAUUGAUCUCACUAACGAGGAAAAUAACAACCGCGCGUUUCUGGCCCUGGAUCCCGUGGAGCACGCCUGGAUGCUAUCAGUAGUCGAUGGGAAUUACGAUACCAUCGUCGAGUUUUUAUCCGAGGACCUCAAUUUGCUGACUAAACGGGAUUUUGUGACAGGGUUUACGGUUAUCCACUGGUUGGCCAAGCAUGGGCAACACGAAACGUUGAUACACCUGAUGAGGUUUGCAGAAAGCAAGGACUUCCCUGUGAAUGUUAACCUGAGAGCCAGCGGGGGUCUCACUCCCCUGCAUGUUGCGACCAUGCACGGACAGGACAUGAUGAUUAAAAUCCUUGUGGGGGCGUACAGCGCCGAUGUGGAUGCCAGGGAUUACAAUGGAAAGAAAGCCUGGCAAUAUCUGAAAAGAAACGCUUCCACCGAAUUAAGAGAGCUCACUGGGGCCAUGGAUGAAGAGACUGGGAGCAUUGGGUACCACAAUGUAAAUAACAACGGGACAGGCGGAGCGCACUACAGCGCCUCUCAGAAUACCAGAGACGAGCUAGAUUGUUCUGUCAACAAAACAGAGACCACCAGGUUCGGCACUUUCCGGAGGCGCUUCCGAUCUUUCUUUUCGUUCCUAAACAGAGGCCAAAUAGAUUCUGGGGGGUCCGCUGACUGAAGCACAGGGGGUUCUAGAAUUGACCUGGCUGGAAUGAAAUGGUAUUACGUUUUUAUAGAGGCUUUAAUUGAAACAAAAAUGAAUUAGCAAUUUCAGACACAUUAUGAGGUACUUCAGAACUCUGUAGUUAUGGUACAUUAUGUUUAUAGUAUUGUCAAUCAAAACUCCAUAAAUGUUGUAUUUAUGUUUAAUC